GGCCGCACCAGCCCCCAGGGCAUCGCCGGCAGCAGCGGAGAGCUAGGGCAGCCCGGCCCCGCCGCCGCCUUCGAGCUGCAGCGAUCCCGACGCCGGCUGAUCUCCCAGCGAUCUUCUCUGGAGACUCUGGAGGACAUCGAGGAAAAUGCCCCAUUGCGGAGAUGUCGGACACUCUCAGGAUCACCCAGACCAAAGAACUUUAAGAAGGUUCAUUUUAUCAAGAACAUGCGGCAACACGAUACCAGAAACGGCAGAAUAGUCCUUAUCAGCAGCAGAAGAUCCUUCUGUAGCAUAUUUUCAGUGCUGCCAUAUCGAGACUGUACCCAAGUCGGGGAUAUGAAGCUGGAUGGUGGACGCCAGUGCCAUUCUACUGGAGUGUGUCUGAAAGAGAUAAUUGGUCUUGAAGGUGUGGAGCUUGGAGCAGAUGGGAAGACGGUUUCUUAUACACAGUUCCUAUUUCCCACCAAUGCUCUGGGAACUCGGAGAAACACGAUAGAUUCCACCUCAUCUUUCUCCCAAUUUCGCAAUGCAAGCCAUCGUAGCCUUUCUUUGGCAAGAGCUAACAGCACCCAGGGGAGCAUCGAUGCAGGUAGUGACCUGGGAGACUUUGUUGAAUAUGACCCAAAUCUUUUAGAUGAUCCCCAAUGGCCAUGUGGCAAACAUAAGCGGGUUUUAAUAUUUCCUUCCUAUAUGACCACAGUCAUAGACUACGUGAAGCCAUCAGAUCUCAAGAAAGACAUGAAUGAGACCUUUAAGGAGAAGUUCCCUCACAUCAAGCUAACCCUCAGUAAAAUAAGAAGCUUGAAGAGAGAAAUGCGCAAGCUUGCUCAAGAAGAAUGUGGUUUUGAAGAGCCCACAGUGGCCAUGGCCUUUGUCUACUUUGAGAAGCUCGCUCUCAAGGGGAAGCUGAACAAGCAGAAUAGAAAGCUUUGUGCUGGAGCUUGUGUUCUUUUAGCAGCCAAAAUUGGCAGUGACCUCAGAAAACAUGAAGUCAAGCAUCUUAUAGAUAAACUGGAAGAGAAGUUCCGGCUGAACAGGCGAGAGCUGAUCGCCUUCGAGUUCCCAGUGCUGGUGGCCUUGGAGUUUGCUCUCCACCUUCCUGAGCACGAAGUGAUGCCUCACUACAGACGCUUGGUGCAGAACUCCUAGCGCUGGCUGCCCUGCGGGGAAGGGGCUACCGACUGUUCCAGCUUGGCUCUCCUGAGCCACAGUUACUACUGGAAAUGCAAAAUCAGACUCCUUACAGUUCACUCUCUCUCUCUCCCCAAAACAGUUUUUCUGGCAACGUAUAGGAAACACUGCAUCAACGUAAGACUUUCAGCUUUGACAAAUUUACGUAUCAUUGCUUUCUCAAAGCAAGUGAAGACUGAGCUGUUGGUAAAUGGUUCACAUGCUGAAACUGAGUGGUGACUGACCCCACCUGUAGGGACUACAGCUAUAAAAGUAGGCAAAAUUUAGAAGGGCAGCCUCCAUGACCACCCCUCUCUGCAUCACACAAACCCUGGAAGCCCACUGAGUGCAUUCUCAUAGCGCUUUUUCUACAGACCUGCUGCAAAUUCCAAGAGGACUUCUUGAAGUGAAAAAGCUUUUAGAAGAUAUCUUCACUGUGUCAAAAAGAAUGUGCCAAUCUAUUUUUGUAUCAGCAAUUGAAAGUGCACUUUUUCCUGUGGGGUGUUUGUGUGUGUAUCUGUGUGUGUGUGCGUGUGCGACACCAAACUGAUCUCAGUCCAGGUGGUUGGCUUAGCUGUUUCCAAGUGUAUCAGUUACUGAUGGUGAAGAUCAAGGUGACCUUACACAUUUACUUCUUGAAAAACAUAACUACUGGAAAAGUGGUAAAUGGGAUCAUUUUUGGACACUUGUUUUUUUUAAUCUCUGAUCUUUCCAAUAUUGUACCUUUGAAAGCAUUACACUACUACUACUACUGCGAGAGAAGGAUCAGCAACUGACCUUAAGUUUUCAAUCAUGUUUGUGGUAAAGAUGGAAGCAUUAGUAUAAGAUUUCCAUGUCAUGUUUUUUAAAAAUAUCUUGUGUUAAGCCACAUGCAUAUUUUUAACCUUCGCACUUUUCCCACUGUGGAGAUGGUUAGACUUGCACUCUGUAGUGUUGUAUUUCUGUGCUCUAUGUUAGAGUGCGUAAUAAGCACAUUUAUUGUGCUCUAUCUUAAAACAGUGUUUUAUUAAAAAAAAAAAAAGAGUAGGGCUCAGCAGUAUAACAGGUGUCUUAAGGCUCCAACAGCAGGGGCAUCAGCCGUUAAAGUUUUGGGUUUUUAAUUAGAAUUGACUGUGCAAAACCUAAAAUCUGUGCCCAUUGAAGUUAGAGAUGCAGUUCCUUUAGACAUUUCAGUACUGGAGUUUUACAGUAAAACUUCUUGCAGCUUCCCUGGUUCUGACUGGACACUUGAGGGCUUCAUCCAAGCUCCCAAUGCUACAUACACACUAAGCUAGUGCCAUGCUUACAGACAUUGUUCAAUUGCUGUUAUCAUGUGGGAUUACACCCCUAUCCAGUCUUCUCCUGUGCUGGUUCACUUAACAAGCCUUGCCCUAACAUGCCCCACAUGGAUCCACUAAAAUCAAAUUAUUACAUUUGUGGUAAUUAUAUAAAAUAAUGAUCUCAACUGUGAGAUUUUAGCUGAAGCCUUACCUCUCUUAGUUUGAGAGUGCUUGCUCAGAGUACAGAAAGGGCUUGUGAGAAGAACGUAGAGAAGUGGGACAUACCAGAGGAUGUAAACACACUAAUGCUUACUUUCUUUUGCUCUUACUUAAAUCAGUUUUAUUAUUUCCUUCAGUUAGGCCAGGACACAUCCAGUUUCUUUACCAACUUUGAUUCCUUUAAAUCCUGUUAUUAAAAAAAAGCCUGUAUGUGAUUGCUGUACAGGAUCUGGAAAGGUUGCACAUGUCAGGACAAAUGGGAAUUUGUUUGAUGCUGUUGCUCUCCCCCCAUUUUAUAGGGGAGAGUGACUAUGCUAGCUUACACUUACUAUUAAUACUUAUCUGAUUACUGAUAUAGAUACAUUCCAACAGGAUUGGGGAGGACGGGCUAAAGAGAAAAAUGUGCACUUAAACCUUCCCAGUGUAAUGCCCCAUGUCGCUGCAACCCGCGCAUCACUUGGCCAGCUGCAAAGUGAGGGGAGGGGGGCCCUUGACAGCACUCUUACUCCCUCCUCCUCCUCCUCCUCCUCCUCCUUCUCCUGGCCCCCACGCAGCCAAGGAACAGAGGAGCCAAGAGCCUGGAGCAUGCCUGAAGCCUACACAGCUGCCCUGCCAGUUUAUUCAGACCAAAAAGGCAGUGUAGUGUUGACCUACAAGCCAAAACAGUCUGUGGGUCUGCUAGGAGGGCUUCCAUCCUUGGCUGUAUCCCCUUCCACCGAAAUUGUGUGUAUAUGUGUUCAAGAUUUGUUUCUGAUUGCAGAGAUCUGUUUCUAAUAGCGACUACUCAAAGUUAAGCAGAAGCUUUACCUUUCUGUAAAGGCUUCUACCUUUUGCUUUUGAGUCUCAUUUUUUUCUUAUAUUGCUUUAUAGCAUUGCAGGGAAAAAGAAAAUUGUGAUUGCAAGAUGCAGACUAAAGAAUGACAGUCUUACAGUAGUCUUUAGAGACGCUAUUGAAUCAUGCUGUCACAUCUUUUGUCUUCUGUGCUGCUACCCAACCCUGAUCUACAGUUUACACAGAUUUCUGGGAGGAAAUCUGAUUGCUGGAGACUUUCUGCUUUUCAUUAUUGUUAUUGUUGUUUUGGGGGUGGAAAAGUGUUUCAGAGUGAUGUUCAGUUACAGUUUGAAUGUGGAAUAAACACUUAAGAUGGUGA